AAAUAGUCUGGUGUGUUUUGUGCUUUUUGGCAGAUUAUCAACAAAGUCCAUUAAAAAUGUCAAGAAUUAUAUUAAGCUAUUAGCAGACUGUGUAGUACUGUUUCAAUGAAGCGUUGUGGACAAGCCACCCCAGUCUACUUUUCAAACAUUUAUACUCUCUCCCACUCAAACAGUCAAUGUCUCCAUCACAACCUAAAUCUUUGGAUAUGUCACUAAUKUCUGAAUCACCCCCCAGAUUGUGACGUGAUUACGUCAGCUCACUGCUACACCUAAUCAUAUCAGUCAGCCAUCAGCACUSUCCAGGCCUGCCCUCUGGUUGCUCCAAGCUGCUGUGUAAUACUUGGAUCAAAAUUGAGGGCAGUGUCUUCCGUCUCACUGGACCAGCUYGACAGCUUAGAGGUUAUGAUCCCUGGUUUCAUUGAACAGUGAAACAAUAAUGCACUUGGGGCAGGGUAGACAGGAGUGACCAGGCUUGAAGAGGAGAAGGAUACAGCUAAAGAUGUCAUCAUGUGAAGCCGAGGUCAGAAUGUACUGCAUGCAGAUGUGGGAGAAAGCAGGCAGGUGAAACAUUUUCCCCUAAUAACUUACCUUCAGCAUUGCAGACGAGCUGCGCCGUGGACACUGGCUCAACAAUUUCAAUAAUUGGCUUUGCUGCGCUUGUUGCGGCCUUUUUCCUCCCAGUAAUUACUUGUGUUCUCUGAGMUGAUGAAUUCAGACAUUCUUUGUGGGGCUGCAAAUAGUGGGAAGCUACCCAUGGCUUGUUUGUCAGCAUGGCAACUGAGAAUGCUCGGCUUGCCUUUCCUUCAGUGUUUGCUGUGCCCAUGGUAACAAAGCUCUUGUCAUACAACCCCCCUCCCCACCCCCCCGACAGAUGAUCAGGUGAAUCCUUCAACACAGUAUCUUUUUGAGUACUCGUCCUUUUCAAAAUAGAUUUAUUUACUUCACUGCAUGUAUAUGACAUUAGAUAAAACAAUGAACCAAAACCUUAUUCAUCAGGAUAAAUGGAGCCAAACUGGAUGGAAGAUCGAGCAGCAGUAUGGAAACAAAGUGCUGYUGGGCAACUGGGCUGAAGACAGACUUCAGUUCACUCGGGAGCAGAAGAUAGCCAACAGCAGCAGUCGUGUUGACUACCGGCCCCACUGGGAUUUUAAGCCAGACAUCUUGAAGAGAAGAUCUGCCGUGCUGAGAGCUGAGGGACUUCCAUAUAUGAUGCUGUUUGGCCAUCACCGCCCGCCACCCUCACAUUAUUUGGCAACGGAGUACAAGCAAAGCUAUGCAGAAAGACAUAACAAUUCUUUGCCAGCUGUGCAACCCAGGGAACCAGAUGACUUUACAUGUGAUCCUGAGAAGUCUAACCACCCCCAUUUUGCGCUUUCAUCAAACUCCGGCCCAAUGAAGUCUACAAACCACAGCUGUGAGAAGCUGCAGUCACAACUUCCAGCGCUGUCUGUGUAUCAGUCGACGUAUCACAGCCAUCCACUCGGAGCCCUCUGCAAGAGCCGGUUUGCCAGAGCAUCACGGACUCUCUCCAGCUGCCUUUACACAACUAAUCACAUCAACAAGGACCUGAACCUGAGACAGCGCUUACACCUACAAGUCCCUGAUCACUGCUUCAGUCAAGAUGCGAUAACGAAACAGCCUUAGAAAGUACUUCACAUACUACUUAUAAUUUGGAACACUUAAUCAAAGUGGUUCUGUUUAUGUAUGUAUGUAUGUAUGUAUGUAUGUAUGUAUGUAUGUAUGUAUGUAUGUAUGUAUGUAUGUAUGUAUGU